AUGAACCAGCCCUUUAUCCAACUAAACGGUGGGGAUGGCGGUCGUGGUGGCCCCCCUCAUCACCAAGGAUCAGGACCUAGGCCAAUGCAACAGCCUCAAAUGCAGCACGGAUUCCCUCCUCAAGGACAGGCACCUAGGCAGAUGCAUCAGCCUGCGAUGCAGCAUGGCUAUCCACCUCCGCCUCCUCCCCGGGAAGCCAUACCAGUUGACCUUCGGAGUAGUCGCCCAGUCAUUGAAGUGACUGAUAUCCGAGAACAGCUCAUGACCGAGUCUGACAUGCGGCGCAAACUGACCCACUACAAGGCUGUUCGUUUUGAGAAGCUCGCUGGCCAAGAUCUGUAUGACGACGACGAUGGAGAACGCGCCCAGUCCGGUUGGGACAGAGCGAUCAAGACGCAAGUCCAAGGAAUAUCGAGAAAGGAUAUGCUGGACCUGAUUUACCGGCUAGAUAUGACAACCCAGGACGUCACACAAAAGAAGGCUUCAUUAUCCCCAGCACUAUUACGCCAGUUAGACUUUGAACUUGACAAGCUGAGCCGGGAAGACGAUGAUCCGCACAACUACGUCUGGACUCUUGCGCAGAUUGAUCAGCAACUCCAAGAGGUUGAUCCGUACAUUGCCGCGCAGCACGAUGUGGCCACACUUCGUGUGCACAAGACAUCCCGGACAUCAAAGCAUACUUCCAAGAGCAAAAAGAAGUCUUCAAACUCGUCAGCCCCCAGGAAGCAGCAGAAAGUAUAUUGGGAGAGGGUCUCGCUUACUGCCUACUUCAAACGCUCCCCACGCCAGCAAGCCAAUAUACGUUUUCUGUACCAGAUGACCAAAAGGGCUCAGGCUACAACGCAGUUUGGCGGUCCUCAACAACCCAUAGUGAUGAAUUCUCAGGGUAUUCGUCCUGCGGCUGACGGGCCUCCCAAUGGACAAAUGCCAAUGAGAGCGCCGCCUCAUCAAUUCCCAAACGGAGCUCACGGUGGCCCUCAGCAGCAGCCGCCAGUGCCACCACAACACAGGCAUCCAGGGAUGAGAGCAGGAACACAAGCACCCGCGAGGCCAGUUCCGGGUACCAGGGGACCGAUGGCUGGGGUCGUGGCAGUUUCUGAUAGCGAUUCGGAUUCUUCUUCUGACUCUGAUGACGAAUCGAGCGACUCUGAGCAGAGUCGCAGCACCAUGAGGACCGACCCGCCGUCGCCUAUGUUCGUCAACAAGGCUGCACGCAAGCGGGCUCAAGAUCCGCGUCGAAAUCCUAGUCAGCCCCGGAAUUUCAGCCGGUACUAUGGGGUUGAAUCUCAAAAUCGAAGCCGAAAAAGACAGGGGAAAACAUACAUUGCGGAUGCUCAAAGACGAAGAAGCCCUCCGAUGGCUCACCAGCCACCACCACCACCUCCUCCUCCUCCUCCAACAUCAAUCCUGCAUCAGAGAGAGGCUUCUGACGACAUUGAGAGGAUUAAGCACGCAUACGAAACUGGCCGUGCCGAUGAGAGAUAUAUUAGACAGUCGCCAACGCGCCCGCCAGUCAUCACAACAUAUGCGAGCGACAUAGAGCGAUUGAGGAAUAGCGCCUACAACGCCGGAAUGGAGGAUGCCAAGCGCGAAGAUCGUUUCGUCGAGGAAAUAGAGAUCGGAGCAAGACCAAGCCGCGUGGCACGGGUCUAUCAAGCCCCUCGGCCAAAUGUUCGCACUGUUGACCCUCGGGUCCAUGCCAGGGAUGGCCUCCGAGAACAACGCCUAGGCGGCUUUCCUGAUGACAACCUGCCUCGCGUGGACCGGCUAUCGAUGGAUGACCAUGGGUGGGAGUACCACGAAUCACUCCCACGCAGGCCCGAAGUUUCACGCAUGGGACGACCUUAUGGGCACGACACCUUAUAUGAGUCGGAUGGCGAUGAUGAAGACUUCAUUAGUGCUCCGCGGGGUGUUGAGAUCCAUGUUGGCCUAGAACGGCCUUCUCUGAGGGCGAAUUACAGGACCGUUGACCAUCUCGGUCGGCCUCUGGUGUCAAAUGCAAUGGACCUUGGUCAGGACUCGCACACAAACCCUUUCCUUCCCACAUUAUCCCCCGAGAGAGGUCGUUCCUAUGAACGUCGCCGGUGA